AUGUCGGCGCCCCGGAGGCUGGGAGGUGGCCGCAUCCUGGGCAGCGGCAGCAAGGGGCUCGCCCCGCCCUCGUCGUCAUCCUCGACUCCCGCUCCAGGAGGUGCCAACCCACGACGGGCCAGCGCCAACACAGCUCGCGCCGUGAGCCCAUUCCCGCCCUCGGAAAGCAGUGUUAGCGUCGGCUCGUAUCAUUCGAGACUCUCGUCUCCCAACUCCCUCUCGCCGCCUUUGUCCAGCACGCUUCCGCCCUUCGCCCAGGAUCUCGUCUCCCAUGUCAGCCUCGCCGGUCCCUCGAACCGCGCCAUCAGCAGCGGAGGGCUGGUUUGCCCAAUAUGCAACGAGGAAAUGGUUACUCUGCUCCAGCUCAACCGCCACCUAGACGACGUGCACCAGGAGCUCCCCGAGGCCGAGCAGGACGAGGUCAAAUCGUGGUUCGACAAGCAGGUGCUCAAAGCCAAGCGGUUCCAGCCGCUGUCUCUGAUCAACCAGAAGCUACGCGGCAUGGACGUGUUCGAGUCCAACGAAAGCCAACCUGUCUCAGCGCCGGCAGCCCCAGGCCGGAUUGCAGAAACUGUUAUCGAUCCCGAGGAGCUGGUGACGAGGAAACACUGGCAGAGGCCAUCGGGCAACGACACAUGCACAGACCCGACAUGCGAUAGGAAAUUGGGACCGCUGAGCGGCAGCGUAAAUUGCAGGAAGUGCGGGAGGUUGUUCUGCGAGGAGCACACAAUGUACCAGAUGAAGCUGUCGAGGUCAGCCAACCACGAACCGGUCCGGGGCAUCUGGUGUCGCGUGUGCGAGACGUGCUACAAGUCGAGGGGGGGCUACAAUGACCACAAUGGUGUUUCACGAGACCAUACGGCGGACUUUGCUGCCGUGCGUGCCAGGAAGGUGGAGAGGCAACGCCUCGAGGUCCAGAGGCUGGAGAAGAGGUUGACCAAGCUGACUAGGCUGUUGGCCGAGGGGCCUCAGGACGCGGGUGUCAACUCGGCGUUGCUAUCACCGCUCGGCGGGGCAAAACACAUCAGAAAGACUAUUGAGCAAUCUGUGGUGGCUUGGGAAGAAGAUGCGUCUGUGGCGAGGUGCCCGUUCUGCAAGCAAGAGUUUCGGUCUUGGACGUUUAGGAGGCAUCACUGCAGGAUAUGUGGCAGGGUUGUGUGUGCGGAUCCGGCGACGGGGUGUUCGAGUGAGAUUGGAUUCAAUGUCGCAACCCCCGAGAAGCCAACCGGUGGUGGCCAUGUCAGUGUCGAUGUCAGGAUGUGCUGCGACUGCAAGACGACCAUUUUCUCACACCGAGAUUUUACUGAUUCGAUUACCCACAAGCCUCCGGAUCAGAUCGCGUACGAGAACCUACGCCAGUUUGAGCUGGGCAUCCGAAACAUGAUGCCAAAAUUCCACAAAGCACUGGUGGCAUUGCAGCCGCCUGACGAUAACAGCAACAAACCACCGCCAACACACGCCGAGAUCCAGCACGCUGCCAGCAUUCGCAAGCGCCUCACAUACUCGUUUCGCCAAUAUGGCGAGGCAGCAAAGCGCAUUCAGAACAUGCCCACCGACAGCCCUACGCAACGGAUGCUUCAACAAAAGAUUUAUGCCGCUGCUUCGGCCUUCAUGCACACCAAUAUGCUUCCCCUGAAGAGCCUGCCAUCUAUUUUGAAAGCCAGCGGGCCGGGCCACCGGCGCUUGCUCUCCAACGGGCCGUCGCACUCGCCCCUGCGAAACGGCGAGUCGGCCACAUUCGAUGCCGAAACUUCCAGCGUGGGAGGGGCGAGCGAGGUCAGCACCGCCGUGUCGGCUCUCGAGACAGAGGAGAAGGAGGCAAAGGAGAAGCUGAUUGUCUUGGAGGAGCAGCGGUUUAUGGUGCACGAGAUGCUCAAUCAUGCAAGGGCGGCGAGGAGAUUCGAGGAGGUCACGGCGUUGACCAAGAACAUCGAGGAGCUGGACAGGGAAAUUGAAAGCUCAAAACGAACUGUGGCCGAUGUUGCGGAGAAGUUCCAGGGGCUUUAUGUUGGAGGAGCAUGA